UGGGUUUCGCUCAGCGCCCAAGUGGAUACAGCGCAUCUUGGAGUGCUGCUGUCUCUUCCAACCAUCUGGCUAAACGCUCUGCUGUCUCUGGCAGCCUGACUUGCACUAAGAUGCCUCUGAACGGGCCAAGCAGGUUGGAUAUCUGUCCCUCGAUGGAGCAGGUUUGUCUUUAUACGAUGGGCAUCUCCCCCCUUUUUCUUCUUCCUGUGCAACAGCCAGGCUUGAGCGCUGCCUCUUUCUCCUCUUAAGCAUCUGAGCUGGUCUCUGGAAAGACACUCAUCUCUUGCCACGCUCCUCUGGGUCUGUCUGAUUGCACACUCUCUCCUGCGGUGUGUUGGUUGUCAAUAGGCGGGUCUACUCUAUUGUCGACUGUUCGCUCAUUCAACAACUAGUUUUAUACUUCUGCUGGCCAGGACAGGACAGACUCUUAGUGUUAAGGCUGCUGCGCAGUUGUAAGUAUCUUCUGCCUCUUCUCGACCCUGGGAGUAGGUGAAUAACCGCAGCAACUUACUGAUAUCAUGGCAGGAAAUUACUCACUCUUUUGCAUCAUUCUGGACGGCCCUUUCCAGCAGCCCUUGAGCUAACUGGCACAUUCUUUUAUCUUGCUGGUUCACAGAGUGUUCACUCUGACUUAGGUCCGGCUGCUGAAAGAAAGUAGAAAAGGGAGUUUGAUAUCAUUCCUUUUCUUCUACUUCCAGUACUUCUUCUUCUUCUUCUUUGGCACCGAAUAUCUUGCCAUACGAACCGCAACUCUGCCUUUUGUUUUCACGCUGGAUCUUAACUUGAUACGCCAUAUCUAUAUCCAGCUUGGUCAACCGCGAGACCGCAAAUCAUGGACUUACAUAUCUUUGCCCGCGAGAUGCCGGCUCCUCACUCGCAGAACACGACCUAUGUAUCGCCAUAUACUCGAGGGCUUCUCGGCGUCCGCGUCAAUCUCGACCAUCUCGUCACCAUCCUGCUCGCGGGCUCCAUCGGGGUGGCCUGUGUGAUCAUCCUGCUGGUGCGCUUCACCCAGAUGUCCCAUGCAUAUCUGCGGCAGGUCACUUCAGCCACCGGCAGCUCAAACCAGCAACGGUUCUGGGGAGCCGAGCAGUCGACUCUAUGGUCAGACAUCAAGAAGCAUGUCCUCUAUGCACCCCUGGGAAGCAAACGGCACAACCGCGAGUUCAAGCUGUCCGAGGCUGUCAAUGUGGGCACUUUGCCAUCCAGGUUCCACACAGUGCUGUUGACAUGCUACCUCCUCAGCCAGGUGGCAUACUGCUCGGUCUUGGAUUAUCGUGCCAACAACAAAGCCGCGCUGGUCGCUGAGCUUCGAGGCCGAUCUGGAAACCUGGCCCUACUGAAUAUGAUUCCCCUGUUUAUUCUGGCCGGCAGAAACAACCCACUAAUUCCAUUGCUGCGUGUCUCCUUUGAUACCUACAAUCUUCUGCACCGAUGGCUCGGCCGCAUUGUCAUUAUCGAAUCUAUCGUUCAUACCAUUGCCUGGAUGGUCAAUGCUGUGGCUGCAGAUGGCCACUCAAAGAUGUGGAACAACAUCUGGCAUGAGCCCUUUUACACCUGGGGAUUUGUUGCAACCGCCACUAUGGUCUUCAUUCUCAUACAGUCUCCCUCGCCUGUGAGACACGCCUUCUACGAGACCUUCCUCCAUCUUCACCAACUCGGCGCCAUAAUCAUUGUCCUGGGCAUCUACUUCCACCUAGAUAUCGACGGUCUUCCUCAACUGCCCUGGUUCAAAGGCAUCAUCAGUCUCUGGGCCCUUGAGCGUGGUGCUCGGUUCUUUCGAAUCCUCCGUCUCAAUGUGUCGCGCCGUAAUGGACUUACUCGCGUAGUAGUCAAGGCACUUCCCGGCGAAGCCAGCAGAGUGACUUUCUAUCUCCCUCGUCACACGAAGAUCAACCCCGGCAGCCACGUCUAUGCCUACCUUCCACGCAUCUCUUUCUGGAUGUCGCACCCUUUCUCCGUUGCAUGGGCUGAACAAGGCUCUGGUUCACUGCCCAAGUCACCCAAGACAGACAAGUUCAGUGAUUCCUCCAAAUCCUCCCUUUCUCGGAAACCAUCCACCAUGACCACCUCUUCAACCUCCUCGCCUGAUCUCGAAAAGGGUCAUUCCCGAAACACUGCACUCGCCACAGAUGAUUCCCAGCCAACCUGCGUCUCUCUCAUCAUGGCCGCGCGUACCGGAAUGACCCGCAAACUGUACAAUGCCGCACUAGCGUCGCCAAAUCUUACGUUGGAGACAACCGGAUUCAUUGAGGGUCCCUAUUCCUCCCACCCUUCUUCCUUUGGCAGCUAUGGCACCGUUGUUCUUUUCUCUGGUGGUGCAGGCAUAACCCAUCAUCUGAUGCAUGUCCGUGAUCUUCUCGCCGCCGCUGAUGCAGGCACUGUAGCCACUCGCCGCAUAUACCUUAUCUGGUCCGUCCGUACGACCGAGCACCUUGGCUGGGUCCGUGGCUUUAUGGAUUCCAUCCUGCAUAUGCCCAAUCGUCGGGAUGUCUUGGUUACCAAGCUAUUCGUCAGCAAACCCCGAAGUCAGCGUGAAAUCCAAAGCCCAAGCACUACUCUUCAAAUGUUUCCCGGCCGAUGUCGACCCGAUGUCGUCCUUGAGGAAGUUCUAUCCGACCCAGUUGGCGCUACGGGCGUUAGCGUCUGUGGUCCCGGAGCCUUUGCAGAUGAAGUACGCUCCAGCGUAAGGAAACGGAUUGGCCAGGGACAAGUGAUCGAUUUCGUCGAAGAGGCAUUUACCUGGUAA